AACACGUCGGAGCCAAGAAAGAAAGUCAAGCACCAACUGCUCAAGUGCUGUUCGCGAUUUUGAAAUUCAGAUGCGAAACACCGGCGGAAAGAAAAGAGGAAAUUUACACCCGUGUUGGGGGGGAACCCGUACCAAAGAAGACUGGACUGCGAAAGCGUGAAUAAAUGGCAUUUGGAUUUAGUAAAACGAGACUACUGCACUGUCAGUUUUUACAUGGGAGAAGUGGAUCGUUUGGAUUAUUAAAUUGAUUACAUCACUGGAUUUUUUGGGGGGGAGAUUUAAAAUACAUACAUAUUGCCUGACUUGGAUUAAAAGAAACACUGCUGUGACAAGAGAAAAUGGGUAAUAUUGAAAGUGUGGACGGCCAGUCGGAGAUGAAGCAUCACAUAAUGCCCCUGAAGGUGCCCAUGCCGGACCCCACCGAACUGGAGGAGAAGUUUGCCAUCGUUUUGAACUCUAUGAACCUGCCACCAGACAAAGCCCGGCUCCUCAGGCAGUAUGACAACGAGAAGAAGUGGGACCUGAUUUGCGACCAAGAGAGGUUCCAAGUGAAGAAUCCACCGCACACUUACAUCCAGAAAAUACGAGGCUACCUCGACCCCGGUGUCACCAGAAAGAAGUUCCGUAGGAGGGUCCAAGAGUCUACCAAAGUCUUAAGGGAGUUGGAGAUAUCGUUGAGAACAAACCACAUCGGGUGGGUCAGGGAGUUCCUCAACGAUGAGAACAGAGGUCUUGAUGUCUUGGUGGAGUACCUCUCCUUUGCCCAAUGUGCUGUCAUGUUGGAUUUUGAGGGGCUGGAGAAUGGGGAGGAUGGCUUCUUGGAGAAAGCAAAAUCUUGGAGCAGGUCCAUAGAGGAUUUGCAUCAUAUGAGCACUCAGCCCUUCUGCAACACACUGGUGCGGUCCGCCCGCCAGUCUGUCCUCCGCUACGGCUCCAUCUCCAGCACUAAAACCAUCAAGAACUCCCGACUUGUCAGCCAGAAGGAUGAUGUGCACGUUUGCAUCAUGUGCUUGAGAGCCAUUAUGAAUUACCAGUACGGCUUCAAUAUGGUCAUGUCUCAUGCACACGCUGUCAAUGAAAUUGCUCUCAGUUUGAACAAUAAGAGUUCACGGACAAAGGCCCUGGUCCUUGAGCUGCUGGCUGCCGUCUGCCUCGUUCGAGGAGGUCACGAGAUCAUCCUGUCAGCGUUUGACAACUUCAAAGAGGUGUGCAAGGAGAAGCAUCGUUUUGAGCGCCUGAUGGAUAACUUCCGCAGUGAGGAGGGAAACAUCGACUUUAUGGUUGCUUGCAUGCAGUUCAUCAACAUUGUUGUCCACUCAGUGGAGGACAUGAACUUCCGAGUCCACCUGCAGUUUGAAUUCACCAAGCUAGGACUGGACGACUAUCUGGAGAAAUGUAAACAUACUGAGAGCGACAAGCUGUCGGUGCAGAUCCAGGCCUACCUGGACAACGUGUUUGACGUGGGUGGUCUGCUGGAAGAUGCCGAGACCAAGAACGCAGCGCUGGAAAAGGUGGAGGAACUGGAGGAGCACCUGUCUCAUGUGACCGAAAAGCUUCUGGAGGUUGAGAAUGAAACGAUGAUGAAGGUGGCUGACUUGGAGAAGGUGCUCCUCCAGAAGGAUAAAGAUCUUCAAGCAAUAAGGGAGACGUACGAGUCGACCAGCACGCAGGUCAACACCCUGAGAAGGGUGAUCAAGGAGAAGGACGCCGCCUUCCAGAGGCACUUCAACAUUGAGAGGCGGCUGCUGGAGCUGGAGCAACAAGGCACCAUCCGCCUGUACAAGAAGCCCGAUGGAGACAUCGCCAUCGAGCCGCUCGGCGUCGGAGGCUCGGGCGUGGCAGGCAGCACCGUAGUCGGCAUCCCUCUGGCUGACAUCGCCACGCUAUCUUUGGGUUCAACGGCGGCCACAACGGAACCUGGGGUGCUUGAUCCCAGCUUGCCUCCAGCCAGUGAGGCGCCACCCCCACCUCCCCCACCACCUCCGCCGGCUCCUCCACUUCCUUCUACUACAAGCCAAAGCGUACCUGUUCCACCGGGACCGCCACCUCUCCCUCCUCUCGCGCCUCCUCUACCUGAAGCUUCUCCAUCAGUCAUCCUGAGCGUGGGUCUCUCAGCGAUUCGGAUCAAGAAGCCCAUAAAAACUAAGUUCCGCCUGCCUGUGUUUAACUGGACUGCCCUGAAGCCUAAUCAGAUCAACGGCACCGUUUUUAAUGAGAUUGAUGAUGAACGGGUGCUAGAGGAACUGGAUUUGGAGAAAUUCGAGGAGCUGUUUAAAACGCGGGCGCAGGGUCCAAUUGUGGAUCUCUCGUGCACAAAGAGCAAAGUCGCUCAGAAGACGGUAAACAAAGUGACGCUGCUCGACGCCAAUCGCUCCAAGAACUUAGCCAUCACCCUGAGGAAGGCCAACAAGACCACGGAGGAGAUCUGCAAAGCAAUAGAGAAAUUUGACCUGAAGGCGUUACCCGUGGACUUUGUCGAGUGCCUGAUGCGCUUCCUGCCCACGGAGGCCGAGGUCAAAGUGCUCCGUCAGUACGAACGGGAGCGGCGGCCGCUGGACCAGCUGGCCGAGGAAGACCGUUUCAUGCUCUUGUUCAGCAAGAUCGAGAGACUGACGCAGAGGAUGAACAUCAUCACCUUCGUCGGGAACUUUGUUGACAACGUCAGCAUGCUCACCCCGCAACUCAACGCAGUCAUCGCGGCUUCUGGCUCAGUCAAAUCCUCGCCAAAGUUAAAAAGGAUGCUCGAGAUUAUCUUAGCCUUGGGCAACUAUAUGAACAGCAGCAAGCGAGGGUGCGUUUACGGCUUCAAAUUGCAAAGUCUUGAUCUGCUGCUGGACACUAAGUCGACCGACAGGAAAAUGACGCUGCUCCACUACAUAGCUCUCAUUGUGAAGGAGAAAUAUCUGGAGCUUGCCAACUUCUACAAUGAGCUGCAUUUUGUUGAUAAAGCUGCAGCAGUGUCGCUGGAAAAUGUUCUGCUGGAUGUGCGAGAGCUGGGGAAAGGCAUGGAGCUGAUCCGGAGAGAAUGUAGCCUCCAUGACCACUCGGUUCUUAAGGGCUUCGUCCAGGCGAGCGAAGCCCAGCUGGACAAGCUGCAGAGAGAUGCCAAGACAGCAGAGGAAGCCUUCAAUAAUGUGGUGAACUACUUCGGAGAGAGCGCCAAGACCACUCCCCCAUCUGUCUUCUUCCCCGUGUUUGUGCGCUUUAUCAAGGCCUACAAGGAUGCUGUAGAGGACAACGAACAAAGGAAAAAACAGGAGGAAGCCAUGAGGGAAAAGUUACUGGCUCAAGAGGCUAAACAACAUGACCCGAAGGUUCAGGCCCAGAAAAAGAGGCACCAGCAACAGGAAUUGAUCGCAGAGCUGCGCAAGCGUCAGGCCAAAGACCACCGGCCGGUGUACGAAGGCAAAGACGGCACCAUUGAGGACAUCAUCACAGUACUGAAGAGCGUGCCCUUCACAGCCCGCACGGCUAAACGCGGCUCACGGUUCUUCUGUGAAGCCAACCUCUGCGAUGACUCCAACUGCUAGCCCCUCCCCCUUUAACGCCAAGGUUGUCCAGAUCUGAGAAACCAGCCUUACCUGCGAGCUGAUGCCUUGAUCCGGAAUGGUUGGAAGAGACCCUAAAACCACUUAUUCAUCACUUAUUGCUCCCCCCUCCUACCCCACCUCCCCUUUUCCAUCAUAACCUGCCUGGCCAUGUGUUGAGGCUGCACAUCACAAAGACUGAAAACAAAUGAGGACAGAGGCCUUGUUUUAGCUGGGUAAUUUAUUUAUUUAUAGAGGCCUUUGUACAGCCACUUUAAGUGAAGCACAAGGAAUCCUUGACUUCCAAGACUUUCCAAGCUCUGUUUGUGUCGGCCAUUGAGAGGAUGUCGCAUAAGGUGCCGGUGAGCUGAUGCAAACGCAUCUUUAGCCAUUCGACUGCGCACAGACAUGGACGUCAGCGGCUGGGAUAGACAUCUUUUCGAUUUUCUCCUUUUUUGCAGACUUGCAAAAAUACCGCAUGCUCACCGCAUGGGACAUUUGGGGACCCCUUAUCUGAGGCUAUGCCUAAUCAGUGCUUAUUUUUGGCAGUAGUAUGCUUAUAUAUAAACUAAAAAGAAAAAAAAGUGCUUUGUAUGUGCCUUUGGUGUAAACAGUGUUAUGUCUUAAUAUUUGUAUGGUAUUUUACACCUUUUUAAGAAUGUAUUUCUAUCUUUUUGGACCUUAAUAGAUGCCCUAUGAUACCAAAUCAUUACGCAAAAGUUCUUUCAGGAUGUAGAGGGAACCAAAAAGACUGACUUGCUUUAAAUGUCAAAUGUGCCUUGUCCGAGCUCGACAACACUUAAUAUCACACAAAGUGACACUUGACAAAUGACUCGUAUAUGAAGAUGAUUGCUGGUGGACUGCCGUUAGCCAGCGUGGUGACAAAUGAAGGAUGUUUUCAUUUUUUUUAAUGCCUUAUCUCAGUGAAGGGGAAGUGACUGACCAUUUGACACUAAUUCCCAUGACCAAUAUGUAAAGCUGACUUAUUAAUGUACAAUCAAAUCAAGACAUUUCACUGCGGUAAUGAAGUUGCAUCAAUCAUUUUUUGUGUAAUAAAGAAGACAAAUUAUGUAAAACGUGUUCAUAUAUAUUUAUACAUUUUCUUAAAAGGAUAGCUUCCACUUCCUUAACCUUUUUGAGUCAAGGCAUAUAUAGCAAUCCCUCUCUACUUCGCGCCUUACCUACUGCGGAUUCAGUGCAUCGCAGACCCCCCCCCCCAAAAAAGCCAUAUCGGCUUACAGUAUGUACUAUAUCACUUUAAGAAGCCAAAACAGAAUCGAAGCUCCACCCUGCUACUCUCCCUCCCUCCCUCUCCUGUCCUCUCCACCAUUUUCAAUACUCUUAGUGUAUACGUGACAACCUCUCUCGUUCAAAAUGCCUCCAAAGCACUCAUGCUUCAUUUAAAGCUGCUGCCGAAGCAUUCAAACCAAAGAGGAAGAUGCAAAAUAAGAGGAUUGAUUGUUCAAAAAGGGAGCUGCAGUAUGUUCACUUUGUGGGCAUUGGAUUGCAGACAAAUGACCCAUGGACUGAUGAAGAGGAAGCUGAUGACGAUGGGCAAAAAAGUAAAACUUUUGGAUAUUAUCAAAGAUGACAGAAGUUGUGCUUUUGUUCCGCCAUUACGGCGUGAAGGAAUCAGCUUUGCGCUACAUAAAGAAUGAUGUGGUAAACUUCCAUAAGACCGCUUCAAUAACUUUUAAUAAGGAAGACAAAUAUGUGAUGAUGAACCUCAAGCUGCAAUGAGGGAUUCACCCCCUCGAGUACUAGGCUUUUCCGCAAGCAAAGGUUGGUUUGAAAAAUUUUAAAAGUGUGUGAUAAUAUGGUACGAGCUGUCGAGUUUAACAAUUGUGUUUCCGGGCUUAUGUUCUUUUAGAGGGUGUUGGAUUAAAUAGAUGAUCUGUACAUAAGAUCUCAUAUUUGCUAUUAAUGCUCUUUUUGUAUGCUUAAUGUGCAUACAUAGACUUGCGUUUGUUUAUCGACUCGUGGUUUCUUUAUAAUGUUUGCUGUGUAAAUAAAAAAGAGGAUUCAUGGAAAAUGGGUUGGAGGUGGUGAGAGAGACACAUCCCGCUUCUCCUCGAGACCAAAAGUUCCUCUUGUCGAGAAGGAGCCGCCACACCAGCGAAACAGAGGUGAAGUAACAGUGGCGCGCUGGAAGUGACGUCACAACAAGCGUGCGAGCAUUCGGUGCUACACAAGAAGACAUUACGCGUUUGCUUUGUUAGUUACUUUUGUCACUGCAAUGAAAAUGUUGUUUUAGACACUUGUUGCUGUUGUAAUUUUUGUCUCAAGUAUGCAACAUAAAUGCUAUAUUGUUAAUUAAACAUUCUGGUACCCACACAGCAGCUCCAGCAGAGGUGUCCGAGUAACGAAUGGUAACUAUACCAGUAAUAUAAUCCAGUAAGUGUUUGUUUGAACUGAACUGUGAGGCCAAUGCUCUACAGCUGAUCCACCGUGCCGCCCAUUGUAUAU